GUUACUGUAGCCCAUCUGACUUUGGUUUAAGUUUUGCGUCGUUUAUCAUAAUCUUCCAGAGUGAGAGGUUUCAGCAGGCUAGAGCGUUUAGUGUGGUAUGCAAACCAUUUCUAAUCAGUGGCAGCCUGUCUAACUGUAGAUAAGUUCCAGCGACAUCUGAAGCCUCGCCGUGAUUGAUACAAAUUUGCAGGUAGCUAACUAUGGACAUGGCGAAGCUUCCGCCCCACGAAGGCCCAGUGCUGUCCGUGGUCGACAUGCACACCGGAGGAGAACCUCUGCGGAUCAUCCUAAGAGGGUACCCGGAGGUGCGGGGCGACACUGUCCUGGCCAAGCGCCGCUACGUUAGAGAGAACCUCGACCAUCUCCGGAAGGUGCUUAUGUUCGAGCCGAGGGGUCACUACGACAUGUACGGCGCUCUGAUCGUUCAGAGCGAGAUGGACGAAGCCGACCUGGGAGUGCUCUUCAUGCACAACGAGGGCUACAGCACAAUGUGCGGACACGCCGUCAUCGCGCUCGGCCGUUUUGCGGUGGACUACGGGCUGGUGAAGGCUCCCGUGUCUCCGGAGACGCAGGUGAACAUCCAUUGCCCAUGCGGGCUGGUCAAAGCAUUUGUCGGGUACUCCAACGGCAAAACGGGAUCCGUGAGGUUUCAAAGUGUUCCGGCGUUUGCUUUUGCAACAGACGUGACUGUGUCCGUUCCUGGGCAUGGAGAUGUGGUGGUGGAUAUAAGCUAUGGAGGGGCGUUCUAUGCCUUUGUCAGUGCCGAGAGGUUCGGGCUGGAUGUGCGCAAGUCCAGGACCAGGGACCUCGUGGAUGCAGCAACCGCGGUGACCAAUGCGGUCAAAUCACAGGUGAUGCUUCAUCAUCCUACCAGCGUGGACCUGGCCUUCCUGUAUGGCACCAUCCUCACUGACGGGAGCGACCGCUUCACAGAAGACCCCACAGCCAAUGUGUGUGUGUUCGCGGACGCCCAGGUGGACAGGAGCCCCACUGGCUCGGGGGUGACCGCCCGCAUCGCCCUGCAGUACCACAAAGGCCUUAUCCAGCUGGGCCAGACCAGAACCUUCCAGAGCGGCGUGACCGGCUCCCUCUUCACCGGCAAAGCAGUGGAGGAGACCAGGUGCGGGGAGUUCCAGGCGGUUGUGGUGGAGGUCUCCGGCCAUGCCUAUUACACUGGCACCUCAACCUUCAUACAGGAGAGCGAGGACCGUCUGACAAGCGGCUUCCUUCUGAAAUGAAGGCCAUUCCAUAGAUACAUGCAGGAUCAUUCACAAAAUAACAAUCGCGCACUGUAGAUUCACAAGUUUGGUAAAAUAUGUUAAUCGUGUUGAGCAGAUAACUGGGUUGCAGCUUCAUUAAGACAAUCCCAAAGUUAAGUUACAGUACAGUACACUACAAACACCACGUACAACUCCUUUUGGUUAUUUUAAUGUGUUUUUCAUGGGAUCUGUAUGAUAUUUUUCUACCAAAGUACUGAAGUUAGAUUAGUCUAAUAUGACAUCUUCUGUUUGGUCGCUCUCUACUUGAUUUCUGUAUUCGUGUUGGAAGAUAAAAAAAACUGAUUGCAAAAAUAUGUAUUUUAAAAGAAUUACUAGUGAGAACAUCAAACGACCCCCAGCAGAGACUCCCCCUCAUGAUUAAUCAUUCCUCCUUUGUCUGUUGGUUUGAGAUUAAGAUCUGACAGAAGGAAAGUUUAAAGGCAUGCAUAAACACUGCAUUUUUUGGCUUUGAAGAUUUUGGCUGUAUGAUCUCACAACCAGCUGUCUUUACACAAGUUCUCUACUGCAAUAGGGGUGGACACUACAUGUACAGCAGGACCUGAAUAUAUGCAAAGGCCUAUAGGCCUUGUGUAGCUUUGAACCAAUUAACUGCUCUCUGUUGAGUUUAAACCUUAGCUCUGUAGGGUCUUACCAUACAUGCUGUGAUAGGGAUGUGACUGAUACAUUUUGAUAAUUGUCACUAAAAGCUCUGCUUGGAGAAGAAUUCAGGCUGAAGAAUCUCCUCACCAACUCUAGAACUGUACAUGGCACGUUUGAUUGGUUGACGUGUCCCCAUUUAUAAAUUCUCAUCUCUCUUAUGUGUUUGUGUACUUUGUAACAUCCCCCUUCCUGUUCAUUUUGAAUGAUCUGCUGUACUGCAUACGUCAAAAUUCUCAAAUUGUUCUGUGAACAUUCAAGACAAUUACUAACAUGAGCCUCCAGAUGGUGAUCUUUGCCCACAGUGUAAGAUAUCACUGCAGCAAAGACUAGAUAACCAAAAAGUUACACACAAUGAC